CAGGGCAGUUAACGCGGCUCAAUGGGUAAAGGAGCUUGCUACCAAGCCUAUGAUGUCUCACUCCCAGAAUGUCUUCUGACCUCCACAGCACACGUAGGACACACAGUAAAUAAAACGUGACUUUAAAAAAAAACAGAGGGAGCGCGGAGGAGGCGAGGUAGGUUAAGAAAUUCAAGAGGUGAGGCUGGAGCAACGUAGUAAAAGGAUCUGAGUUCAAGUCCCAGAACCCAAAAUCUGGCAGCUCACAAGCACCUGUAACAUCGGCUCAAAGGGCUCUGGCUCCCUCUUCCGGCCUCCGUGGACACCGCCCACAUAUGGCGCAUGCGCUCGCCCACAUCGAUAAAUAAAAACAAACCAGUGGGGGUGUAGUGGCGUGCACCUUUCCUCUCAUCAAUCGGGAGGCCGAGACAGGACGAUCUCUGAUACCAACAACACAUUGGCUCGACCUCCGAGCACCACAGUGGCAGGCCUAAGCUUCCGAGCUGGGCCGCCACCUCUAUAUAACCUUCCGUGCCUAGUCUUCCCCUUUGUUAAAUGGGUGAAGUUCCGACUUCCAGGAUCCGAGCCGCUACCGCGACAGUUGCGCUGAGCGCGCGCUCCCGGGGCGGGGCUGCGCCAGGCGGGAACGGAGGCCCCGCCCCGUCCUGUGCCCGGCUGAUUUAAGACCCAGUUGUUUCUACGCUGGCGGCAGCGCCUUUCCCGGGCAGGCCCCGGCCUUAGCGCUCCGGCGGCGAGCCGUGCAGGUUAGCGCUCGACGACCGCGAGCUUGCGGCGAGGCCGCGCUCGCCCUUUAGGACUCCUUGGCGACCCAGACGAUAAUACCAAGAAAACGAGAUGGCGUCUGGAGAUUUCUGUGCACCUGGAGAAGGUGUAGAAAUGCUGCUGCAAGCUGGGGAGCCAACCAGGUCCACAGCAAGCCUGUUCUCCCAGUGCCCUACACCCCCCAGGCCCGACAUUCCCAUUUACCAAGACCUUACAUUGGAGCUCGGACUGUAGCUCAUGUGUGCGGUAAGCAGUUUCCUCCGUGUGCCCUGACGGAAGAGGAUCUCAUACAGAAUCCACGUUUCAGCAAGCUGUUGCUCAGUCUCUCCCAGCACGUGGAUGAAAGUGGCUUGAGCCUCACGCUGGCCAAGGAGCAGGCUCAGGCGUGGAGUGAAGUUCGGCAUCGUAAGACAGCAUGGCUGAGGUAUGAGAUCUUACAGAGAGUUAUCCAAGAGCUGCUCGUGGACUACUAUGUGAAGGCCCAAGACACAAACCUAACCUCCGAAGACAAAAAGUUUCAUGAGACCCUUGAACAGCGGCUGCUCGUAACUGAGCUGACGCAGCUCUCAGGUCCCGGGCAGGAGACAGAGUUGCCCCCGCUGCUAGGUCUGGAGAGGACCGACCUUCUGGAGCUCAUGCCGCCCUCCCAGGAUUUCGUGUGGAUGAAAGCCCGGCUCCAGCUGGAGGUGGAGGAGCAGCUCAAGAGGAAAUGCUUCACGCUGCUGUGCUACCAUGACCCCAGUUCAGAUACUGAUGGAGACACACUGAAAGCAGCGAAGGUGUGGACGCUGACAGAGGUCCUGGUCAGGGAGAAGCAGCAGUGCCUGGAGGCCAAGAGCCAGCAGAAGGAGCAGCUGGUACUCCUGGAGAAGAAGAGGACCACCUACUCCCAGGUGCUGCUUCGCUGCCUCGCUUUGCUGCAGAGGCUUCUUCAGGAGCACCGGCUGCAGACCAAGUCCGAGCUAGACCGCAUCAAUGCCCAGUACCUGGAGCUGAAGUGCAGUGCUAUGAUUCUUAGGUUGAGGAUGGAGGAGCUGAAGGUCUUGUCUGACACUUACAGCGCUGAGAAAGUGGAAAUGCAUCGCCUCAUCAGGGACCGUUUGGAGGGAGCCAUCCGCCUCCAAGAGCAGGACCUGGAGAAGUCAAGACUAGUCCUGCACACCUAUGAGGCCCUGGGAGAAGACUUUGAGAGCUUGGUAAGGGAGUACACCCAGCUCAGACUGGCAGCCGACAACAAGCGCUGGGCCCUCCAGGAGUUAAGCAAGGCCCAGCGCUGAGCUGAGUGGAGGCAGAACCAGGAAGCGUGAAUUCUCCAUGGCCACCUUCUCUUCUUGCUCAGUGGACCACCACCACCACCACAAGGGAAUAUGGGGACACUUGCUUAAAACCCUGCAAUCUUCACAACACCCUUCUGGGUUCUCUUUCUUGUUUACAAUGACAACAAGAAGAGACCUUCUGGGUCUCUUCUGGAAAUGUAGCUAUCAGAUUUAUAAAAUUCCGUACAUAUCUGUUUUGCAUCAGGCGUGUGUAAUAAUUUCCUGAAUAAAGUUGUAGUAUUGUGCCUUA